GUAAGCUCCGCCCCAGACGACUCAACAUGGCAGCGCCCUGAAUGUGCAUGUGAAUCUGGUGCCGGGACCUGUGAACGAGCGGCCAGCAGUGACUGAUAAUGGAAAACUACAAGAAGGUGAACGUGAUCGAGAAGCCUCUGCCCUUGCAGUUUUCUGGGCUGCCCUCAGAAGUCAUUGAGAUGAAGGUGAAGGAAGGCAGCAAGAUCCGGAAUCUGCUGCGAUUUGCUAUUGGCAAGAUGGAGGGUGAGAGUAUGCGGCAGAUUGUGUUCAGCGGCUCAGGGAAGGCUCUUAGCAAAACUAUCACCUGUGUGGAGAUAAUGAAGAGGCGGCUGAAUGAUCUGCACCAGAUCACUAAAGUAACCUUCAAUCUGACUGAGGAAAUUUGGGAGCCAAUUGUUCCUGAGGUUGGGUUGGACACUUUAACAGUGAAAAGAAAUGUUCCAGCCAUCUGCGUCCUGCUCAGCAAAGACCCUCUGGAUUCUACCGAACCUGGAUACCAGGCACCAGGCAGCUAUGACACAAAAUGGCUCCAGGACUUAAAGGCAGAAUCCCAUGGGCAGAAGAGGAGAAAGCCAGGUGUUGGGAGGGGAGGAGGAGAUGGGCGGAAGCAGACCAGACCCCAUGGCCAGCGUGGAGAGGCACAAAGGAAAACUUAAGCUAGUGACCUGCACUCUAGGAUGGGGGCCGGUCGUAGGAUCCAUAUGUUGUAUUAUUGUGUACUUCUAGGUGGGCAUCAGAAGGGAUUCCUUGUAGAACAAACUACAAACCAUUUGGUGCUUCAGACAGACAAAUACAGUUUUUUUUUUUUUGUAAAGUUGCAAGUGUGGUUGGGUUAUUGAUUCCAAGAAACCUCAGCUUGUGCACUCAGAUACAUUGGCGCUUGGGUUGGCAGCUACAAAUGACAAACAUCUGGAUUGACAUGGUGACCUGGUUAUGUGCGGGGAUGUUCACUGAUGGAAAUAUUGUAGCAGCUAAUGAACCAUUCAAAAGGUGUUUAAAAUAAAUGAUUCUGUUAUUAGCAAGAAGUGCUCAAAAGUAAACCUAUCCACUGCAAGACCUUUAAUGAACUGUAUAUUACAUUACUUUUAUAAAACCUAGAAAUUUGCUUCUGGAGGUUAAAAUGUACCUAGCUGUCCACACUCUAUCGUUGAGACUGAAGUGAGUGCUUCUAAUAACAUUCAGCCUCUGUUUUGCUAUUUUCAGAUAGUUAAUUUUAUAGAUGGUUUACAGCAGUGCUUGACGAAUAUGUUCAAAAAUUAGGAGCCAGUAAGAAUAUUAAGGAGCCAGGCAUAUUUUUAGGAGCCAGACAGUUGGAUUUGUAUAUAGAUAUAUGGAGAAUAACCCAAAAAGUUAGGAGCCAGGGGUAAAAUUCUAGGAGCCAGUGGCUCCCAGGCUCCUGGGUUUGUCGAGCCCUGGUUUACAGUAAUUUUUCAGAGCCUUAAGAUCAUUUAUAAUUAAUGACACCUCCUUUACAGUGGCCUUGCAACAUCAUUUGGAUUUCUUACUUAAAUGUUAAAUACAUUCAAUUAUUUAUGUUAAAAUAAACAGGCCGCGCAUUUCAGUUCUGAAUAUAGGGAGGUGCUUUAGAAAUACAUUUGCACCACAGCUUUGCAGUGAGUUAUUUUGCUACAUGCUUAGUGAAAUUGUUUAUUAAUAAAACAAACCAGUAUUUUGCUCCAGUUGUGAUUUCUCUGGAAGUUAUUGAAAGGGUCCGAAUCCUGCGCUCCUGUUAGUGGUGGAUGUUUGGUAAGUGGGUUUUACGCUUUGCACAUAUCUGCAUCUCCUGACUUGUGUUGCAAAGUUCCAUCUCUUAGCGCUAACGGCUGAUAUAAACAUUCAAUACAUAACACCUAUUUAGUGUUUGCUUUAUAAUCCCGCUUUAUUCUGAUUUUAAAGGGCCGAUACAUACAGUAGAUUUGCACAAUAAAAAGACAAUGCCCUUUAAAACAAAAAAUACCGCAGCAAUUACCAGCAGAGCCCGUCCAGGCAAGCGUUUCUUUAGCGUGUGCACUGUAGUAAUCCUGCUGAGUAAAACUGGAAUUUCCUGAGGUCUUAGAACAGCGUCCCUGCCCAAGACACCAGCUUCAACGAUACAGAAAAGAAAAUAGCUCUCCUCACAGCCUGGCUUCCCGGUUUAAUGACAAGAUGAACUUGUUCACUAUUACUACGUAAAACCAUAAAGUUUAUUUAGUGUGCAACUAAAAAAAUACAAUAUGUUGGGGAAACUACAAGACAUUUAAAAGGUAGAGCCUUAGAACUUAAUAGAGAUAUCAAGAAUCCUGAUCUUUAUACCCCAGUUGCUAAAAAUAAAAAAAAUGAAUAUGUUUUAAAUACUAGAACCCCAUUAGGAAUAAAUAUGGAAGCAGAUGCCAAUUUAUUUAUUUGAAGCUAAAUGUUGGGCCUUUGUGAUUCAGAGUGAUAUAUUUAUACAUUAUACUGUAAACUGUUAUGUUGGUCCGUCCAUACUCAGUGUGUCAAGUAAGGAGUUAAUAUAUUGUUGUUUUUAAUUGUGUGUGUGUUUAAUUAAGUGGCGCCCCCCUGUUCUUCCCUAUCUGUUGUUUUUAAUUUAAUUUGUUGACUCACUACCUUAUUUAAAUGACAAAGCAAUAAUAGUAUAAUGGUAUAAAAAUCUUGUUUGCCGCAUUUGCGGGGUUUAGCGUAAGCGAUCUAGCCAUAUCGGCUAUAUUAGAAACUUUGAUUAAUUAUAGGUAACACAAAUAUGGGAUCAGACUUAUUUUGACCAAUAUAUUACCAAAGAUAUUUACAAAGCCAUAGAAAAAACAAGGUUAACUUUAUUUACGGUAUUAUAAAGUGGUAUCUAUAAGGCAAUAUUGAUACAAAGGCCUGAUCUCCUUGAACCUAAAUACUAAAGAGUGAUAUUUAAUAACGGUUUAAAUGAGAUAACUAACUGUCAGAGUUUAUUAGUAAACUCCUUAUAACGAUACUCAUGGAAACCAAAGUAUAAUUCAUCACGGUAUUAAUAGGUAAUACAAGGAGUUUAUCAGACUUCUUACUUUCUAUAGUAUCGUAGGUAUCACAAUAUUUACCUCUAUGGAUCUACAUACUUAUCAGUAAUGACAAAAACGGUAAUGAAAGGUAACCCAUAUAGGUAUCAGUGAUAAUUUAAAUGGUAACAAAAGGCAACUCUAGUAUCAAACUGACUCUUUACCACAAUAACUAAAUAAACCCAAGUUUAAUUUUGUGUGGCAUUAACGGGUAAUAACAAAUAGGUUACAAAACCUCUCACUUUCUAGAGUAUUGUGGGUAACAUAAUAUUUAUUUAAAAUCACAAUUUAUUGAGUCAAGUCUUGCAAGGCCAGAUUGUUUAUUCAAACCUACACGAAUAACAGAUUAUCUGUACUUAGAAUAAUAUACCAAGGGAUAGCCUUGUCAUUUGAUUUAUAAGGAGACCAUACAUUAACCUAACGUGGGUAUGUGUCUCUACUAGCCAGUAACGAUAUUAUCUGGCGAAUAGGUAGUGGAUCCAAAUUUCUAUCUUUUAAAAAAUGUUUGUAAAUCCCCUGUUUUUAAUUUGAUCUAAUAAAAGUUACAUUUUAUAUUUCUUUUCACCUCCUGUGAUACACAAAUACAUUCAUUGAGUGCUAUAUUUGUACCCCUUUUUUCAGUCUCUUACUGAUUUUCUGUAAAAGUUACUUAAAGGUACAAGCACCUAUCCCUAUCAGACAUAUUAUUUUGGAGUAUACAAAUACUAUGCAUACUCAUCACUGUACGAAUUAGUAGGGGAAUGUAAAAAACAUUGUCUCCCUUUUUGUUUAUAUAUGUUUUUAAUUGUUUGCCUUUAAAAAGAGGAUUUGGAAACUGCUUGUUCAACAUUGAAAAAGUGCAGAAGACCUGCAUGAAACGUGUCUGAAUUCUGCAAUUUCCGGACCCUGUUUUGUGACGUGGAUUUUACUUGUUUUUAGUUGCACACUAAAUAAACUUUAUGGUGAAGAAGUUUAUCUUUUUAUUAUACCAGGGAGUCAGGUUGUGCUGAGAACUAUUUUAUUUUCUGCGAUAGAAACUCUGAUUUUUAAAUGAGCAGUAGGUUGUUUUUUUGUGACAAAUUUCAAAAUUUACUUCAGUUUGCCAGUCCUCUUUAUCGUGUGACAGCUAUCAGCCAAUCGAUUACUUGUAUACAUUGUGAACUUUUGCAAAAGCUCAGUAGCUGGUACCUUUUUAAAAAAAGUGCAUAUAAAAAGACUGCACAGUUUGAUAAUGGAGUUAAAUGAGAAAUUCUCAAAAUUACAUGCUCUAUCUAAAUUAUGAAAAUUAAAUUUUGACUUUAGUGCCCCUUUAAGAAGCAAUAAACACCUCUUGCUAUUAUAUUAAAUUGUCCUCUUUAGAAUGUGCUUGAUUUCCCUUUAAAUUAGGGAACAACACAUUUGUUUAAAAUGUAGGAGCCAUAAGCAUAGUUAGUAGCCAGACAGUGGUAUUUGUAUAUAGAUAUGCAGGGAAUAACCCUAAAAUGUUAGGAAGAGGUAAAAUUCUAGGAGCCAGUGGCUUCUGGCUUUGUCGAGCCCUGUGAUGGUAAAUAAUGCACUUGUCAACUAAUGUUAUGCAGUGUAUAUUCUAUUAGGAUUGAACGUGCUAUUGAGUAAAAUAAAUCAUUUUUAUCCUGUU